UCCAAAAACAGACAAACAUGUCUACAAAAAUCUAUCCAUACAUAAAAACAGAGCAUAUAUAGAUAGAGAAGGAUAAAGAGGAGAGAGGGAGAGGGAGAGGGAGAGGGAGGGAGAGAGGGAGAGAGAGGGAGAGAGAGAGAGAGAGAGAGAUUGAAUCAAUGGCGACAAGCAGGUGUGAGCUGUGCAGCAAUCCGGCGAGGAUGUUCUGCGAUUCCGAUCAAGCGAGUUUAUGCUGGGACUGCGACGAGAAGGUCCACGCCGCCAAUUUCCUGGUGGCGAAGCACUCGCGCACGCUCCUCUGCCACGUCUGCCACUCCCCGACGCCGUGGAAGGCCGCCGGCCCCAAGCUCGGCCCCACCGUCUCCGUCUGCCACGCCUGCAGUCUCCGAUCUCAAACCGCCGAAGACCGAUCUCGCAGCAGCGGCGAAAGCGACAGCGACGGAGAGGAUCGGGAGUAUUCCACCGCCGAGAGCGACGAUUCGAGCGAAGACGACGACGAUUACGAGCACGGCGAUGAAGAGGAGGAGGAGGAAGGUGACGUGGAUGAGAAUCAGGUGGUGCCGUGGUCGGCCUCCGCCUCCGAUUCUCCGCCGGCGGUUUCGACCAGCGGCGGCGAGUUGGAGGAGGAGAAUGUUUCUCUCUCUUCAUCUAAAAGAGCGCGUGACGAUCCUUUUCCGUCUUCUGAGGAUGAGGAUGGAUGCUCGUCAGGGAGGAAUGGGGAAAUGAGUUAUGAAAUCGAAUCCUAUGAGAAUUGUAGCUCGUCAUCGUCGGGAAUGCUGAGACCAUUGAAGAUGAGGAGAGAGGGCGGUGGUGGUGCGUCGUCGGGGACGGCGGCGAUUGUGGAGAAGCUGCGGAGGUUCGAGCAGGAAAUCGUGAGGGAAGAGAGAAGUGAUGCCAUGAUAUUAGGUCUUUGCAAUCUCACUAGAGAUUGAAUUCUGCAACUCUGAUCUACAUCAAAAAAAAAAAAAUUAUAAUUAUUUUGAGUUAGUUUUUCGUUUUGAAUUAAUAAAACUCCAUGUGUUUUACUAAUAUUUCUGAUCAUAUGAAUUCUAAUUGUCUCUCUUUUAUUA